AAUAUUAUUUUUUUAUUUUAUAAUAUAAAUUAAUAAUUAAGAUAUAUUAAUUACAUAUUAGCAUGUAAGGACACAUAUAAGAAAAUUCCAUUUUAUUUUUAAAAAGAUAUUACUGUACUAAUUAAUUUCAUUUCCAUAUUCCAAUUCCGAUAAGAAAAAGCUAAAAAGCUCUCUCCUGUUUCAUAUUGCUUUCUAUUCUCCGCAUACCAACGCACAAAGACUGACAAUGGCGACCCUCAAAGUGCCGGCCAACGUUCCUUCUCCCGCCGAGGAUGCCGAGCAACUCCACAAAGCUUUUCAAGGAUGGGGCACGAAUGAGGGAUUGAUUAUCUCCAUAUUGGCUCAUAGGAAUGCAGCACAGCGGAAUUUGAUUCGACAAAUUUAUGCUGAAACCUAUGGAGAAGACCUCCUUAAGGCUUUGGACAAAGAACUCUCUAGUGACUUUGAGAGGGCUGUGCUGCUCUGGACGCUGGACGCUGCAGAGCGUGAUGCUUUUUUGGCUAAUGAAGCUACAAAGAGGUUCACAUCAAGCAAUUGGGUCAUAAUGGAAAUAGCUUGCACUAGGUCUUCAUUUGACCUAUUUAAGGUGAGGCAGGCAUAUCAUGCCCGUUUUAAGAAGUCCCUAGAGGAGGAUGUUGCAUACCAUAGUACUGGAGACUACCGCAAGCUCUUGGUUCCUCUUGUGAGUGCAUUCCGAUAUGAGGGAGAUGAGGUGAACAUGAUGUUAGCAAAAUCGGAGGCAAAGAUACUUCAUGAGAAGAUCUCAGAUAAGGCGUACAAUGAUGAAGAGAUCAUCAGGAUUAUCUCUACAAGGAGUAAGGCACAGCUAAAUGCAACCCUCAAUCACUACAAUAAUGCAUUUGGCAAUGCUAUCAACAAGGAUUUGAAAGCAGAUCCCAAUGAUGAAUUCCUCAAAUUAUUAAGAGCUACCAUCAAAUGCUUGACUUGUCCUGAGAAAUAUUUUGAGAAGGUUUUGCGCCAGGCCAUCAACAAGCUGGGGACAGAUGAAUGGGCUCUUACCAGAGUUGUCACAAGUCGGGCAGAGGUGGACAUGCAACGUAUUAAGGAAGAGUAUCACCAAAGAAACAGUGUCCCUCUGGAACGUGCAAUUGCUGGAGACACUUCUGGAGACUAUGAGAAAAUGCUUCUUGCCUUGAUUGGACAUGGAGAUGCUUGAGCUGUUUUCUGGACUAGUAAUAAUAACAUGACUAUAUGGUUUGUGUCAUGUGAUAUGAGUCACAAGUGCUUGAAUUUGUAUUUUGUCUUGGUUAUGCAGACUGGCUUUAUGUAUUUUGCUGCUUCUGUGGAGAACUUUCAAGGUCCAUGCUUCAUGUUAUGGAUUUUACUUGGUGUUCUUGGUUCCGUAAACCCAGCUUCUGUGUUCUGGUUUCAAGAUGCACAUUUCUGGGAUGUGAUGAAUUUUAGCAUUUUGCUUCGUUUCAGUCCUCUUUUUAACAAAUGAAGUUAUUAGUA